AUGUUGCUGGAACUGCUGGCAACUUCAAUGCGGAAAAUUGCCGGAGAGAUAAAAUCAAGACUCCGCAGUACCGUAAAUGUGGAGCGUUACAUUUAUCGCUCUAUUCAAGAUCGUUAUCAACCCGUAAAGCCUUGCUUUUGUAUUCUUGUCGGUGCGACCAAAAUGGGGUUGAUCAGUGCUUCGCUGAUUGCGUUUGUACUCGCCUGGAUCACAUAUUUUGUCGUUGGAAAGUUAAUGGUCAUAUUCAAGCAAGUUGGCGCACUGCAAGGUCCACCAGCCUUACCACUCAUUGGCAACCUGCAUCAGUUUCAUUUCAAGGCAGAUGGUAUAAUUUGUUCAGUACUCUUAUGCAUCUAUGCAUAA